AUGGGGCAGUCCAUAUCAGAAGCUACCGUGCAUAUUAGCAGUGUGAAGGCAGAUAUCGUGCCCCUCAAGGAUGAAAAACCGCCCGCCCCUCGGCCUAGACCUCCUACGCCGUCGACAACAACAGCCGUCGAGCCCUAUUGUGCAUAUUCCCCUACUCGACGCUACUGUCUGUUGGCUCUCGUGGCGUUGGCAGGGGCUCUUGGACCACUUGCAGGAAACAUCUAUUUGCCAGCGAUGGUACCCAUUGGGCAAAGUUUAAAUGCCAGCGCCUCGAUGAUCAACAUCAGCGUUUCCAUUUUCAUGUUGAUGUUCGCUGUCGCGCCGCUGGGAUGGGGAUCACUUGCCGAUCGAACAGGUCGCCGUGCCGUCUAUCUCAUUUCAUUCGCAGUCUACGUGGCCGGAAGUAUCGCACUUGCGUUCACAAACUCGUACGCGUACCUGAUCGUGUUCCGCCUCUUGCAAGCCACCGGUGCCGCAUCAGUGCAGUCCCUUGGAGGGGGUACGCUCGUGGAUCUUUUCAAGCCCACCGAGCGUGGUCAGGCCAUGGGGAUCUUUCUUUUGGGGCCUCAACUCGGACCGUUGAUCGGGCCGCUGAUUGGGGGUUUCUUGGCGCGCUAUGCCGGAUGGAAGGCCAUCUUUUGGUUCCUUGCGGGUCUGGGCGUCGCCCUCUGGGUGGCUAUAUUUUUCUUUCUGCCAGAGACGCUCCGAGCUAGGGCUGGGAACGGGAAGGCGUACGCGGAACGAGGGUGGAUCGUUGUUCCCGCCCCGCUCAUGAAGCCUUGGGAUCCGUCCAGGGCUCGUUACAACCCUUUGGCCCCUCUCAAGUUCCUUAGGUUCACUUCCAUUGUACUGUGUCUCAGUUACAUUGCCAUUUUAUUCGGAUCGUUUUACUGCUUCAAUGUCUCUAUCCCUGUCAUCCUCCAGAACGAGUACGGAUAUAACGAGGCGCAAGUGGGUCUUUCCUACAUUCCUGUCGGAUUGGGUUUCAUUUUGGGAUCCAAUGUCGCGGGCCGUUACGCGGAUCGCACGGUAAAAGCCGCCCUCAAGAGAUCCGAAGGUCAACCUGUUCCGGAGACGCGGGUGCGCUGCCAAUGGGUAGGCCUCGUGCUUUUCCCUUUCGGCGUACUCCUGUUUGGAUUCGCAGCUUCGUUCCGUUGGCAUGUUGCCGUGCUUUUCUUGACCAUGUUUAUAAGUGUCUUUGGUCUUACAUGGACCUUCUCCUGCAACACGACCUAUCUCAUCGAUAGCUUUCCCGGAUCCGCCGCGGGAGUCGUGGCUCUGAACAGUCUCUUCCGCAAUCCAGCAGCAGCCGUCGGGUCAGCUGUCAUUGAACCUUUUGUAGAUGAAGUUGGCUAUUGGAAAUCCUUCCUCACAGUUUCCAUCAUCGCCUGGGUGGCAGCUGGUCUCGUCGUUACAGUCAUGAUCAAUGGCGCCAAGUGGAGACUAGCGGCGAAAUCGAAGGCACCGCCUGCCUCUGGAUCUGCUGAAUCGGCUCCUGGGCCCAAGCGAGUGUAG